AUGUCAGCGCUGCGUAGUAUGGAGACGACCCACAAGAGCGCGACGGUAUUGCGUUGUAAGGUAGCUAUCGUCGGCGAUGCUACCGUGGGCAAGACAGCCCUACUGCAGGUUCUCAAGAGCAAUGGUCACGAAUACCCGAAGAACUACGUUAUGACAUCAGACGUGGAGCUAUCAGCGAAAAGUAUUGCUAUCCCCGAUACAAAUGUCGUUGUGGAGCUUUAUCUUUUUGACUGUGCUGGCCAAAGCAUUUUCAACCAACUCGACUUUGGCACUGUGCAUUACAAGGGUGCAUCGAUGGCUCUCGUGGUGUUCGAUGUGAAUAACAAAGAGUCAUUCAAAUCUUGUAGCAAGUGGUACCAGGAUGUUCGAGACGCGUCGCCAAACCACAACAUUCCAGGUAUGAAAUGCUCAGCAUUUGCCUUGGCGGCAUAACACAACUUUGCUUCAGGUGUCCUGCUGGCCAACAAGACGGACCUGCGCUAUAACAACCGCGACGCAAUUUCCACCAAGGAGGCAGAAGAAUUUGCGUCGCGCAACGAUCUGAAAUACUUUGAGUGCUCUGCGCAACAAAAUUCGGGUGUCGAGGCACCCUUCACUUAUAUCGCGGACUGGUUCCACAAGAAAUAUCAAGCAGCAACACAGCGUGCAUAGGAGAAUGCCAUGGUUGCAUAUUGACUUUCGUCACAUCAUAAAAGCGAGCUUCCUUUA